AUGACAAGUUUGCGAACCCAUGUUAGUCGUUCUUGCUACUGUUUAGUGCUUAUAGAUAAACCUUCACAAAAGAGAUUUUAUGUGACUGUCGCUUUGGGGGUGGAUUCGUUGAUGAUGUUAUUAAGGAAACAGCAGACGGAAGAUGACAAAUAUCUGCUGAACGAUGUUCGCAUAUCAAGACACUUCUCCAAAUGGUCUUUUUAUGGAUCUCAACAAUCGAUUUAA